AUGAGCACUGCCGGUUGUAGCAGUGUCAUCUUGAAGCUCUCUUCUAAUUUGUUCAUGUAUGCAUUGGCCGAAAGUGGUGAGAGCGGCGAUCCCAUAAGAAGUCCAAAUAUCUGUUCAUAUAUGUUCCCGUUGAAUGUAAAAUUGGUUGUCUUUACUGUCAAGUUGAUUAGUCUUGUUAAGGACUUCCUACCGAUCCGUUGUGAUUCUAGAAUAUCAUCCUCUCGGUCCAGGAUUUCCAGCAGGGACGUCAGCGCAUUUUAUCUACCCCGACCCCUCUCUUUCUAUCGGCUUAUCCGACUCGGGCCUCCAAUCUCGGAUACCUUCAUUGUCUUGUGGAUCCAUUCCUUACCUUUCUGGUUGAUUGAUUUCAUUCGGUUCUAG